CAGGGCGGGCCGCCGACAGUAGUGUCUUGUCGCGGAUGCUGGUCGCGGGAACGCCUUUUAUCAGCGGAGACGCGACGGCCUGUGGAGGCAGAUUCAAAAAGUGGAGUGAAGUGACUGGACUGCGAUGGGCCGAGCCGCGCUCCCGUGAGAACGGUCCUCCUGCUGCCCGCGCCGCGUAAGCCUGCAAGCCUGCACCUCCUGGAACGCGCGCCUGAGGGAGCUUGAGGCGACACUUCGACCUCGCCUUUGUGGCACUUGUUCAGGCUCUUUUGGAGUUGAAGUAGCAAGAUGUGAGGCAGUCCCCGCAGCUCCAGGAUCACGCUAGCGUGAACUCUCACCCGCGUCGACCUCGACGCGCCGUGCCAUGAGGGACGCGACGGAGGCCCGGGCGCCGCUGGCCGAGGCCGAGACGGACGCAGCGAGUCCGCCUGGCCCCGCCGAGGUCAACGGGUCUGGGGCGCCGGUGGGGGUGGCCGAGACCGCAACACCCCAGUCAGGGGCAGAGGAGGCGAGGACCAAGGCCACCGAGAACGCGACUGAGACCAAUGCCGAGGCCGCCGAGGAAACGGAGGUCCCGAAAGCAGGAAAUGAUUCGGAAGGGGUAGAGGCAGGCAAGGGUGGGAAAGCCGAGGCCGACAGCACGACGUCCAAGGCCGACGGGGAGGAGCGGACGGAGCGCGAGAGUCCAUCAGCCAACGGCAAGACCCAUUUGCCCGAGGAGGAGACCCUGCUCAAGAAGGUAGUGGAGCCGCUCCAGGUCGUCGAGAAGUUCGACUUCUGGAAGCUCUCGCUGAGCGAGAAGACGGCGUACAUCAGGAAGAACAUUACGGUGGAGCCCAUGCUCGCCAUGUACACCAUCCCCAGCGUUCUGUCGAGCCUCGCGACUCAGAACCUUAGCCUGGAGAAGGCCUGUCGGGUCAACCUCGGCUACUCAGACGACAUCUGCGACGCCCUGACACGCCGGGAGACGGCCAACUACACCUUCGAAGAGUCCGAGGUCCAGAAACUCACCGCGAGCAUGGCGGGGUGGAAGACUUUCAUCCAGAGCGCGCUGCCCGCGGUGAUCAUCCUGUUCGUGGGGUCCUGGUCGGACCGGCACGGCUGUCGCAAGCCCUGCAUGCUUCUGCCCAUCAUCGGGGAGUUCCUCACGGCCGUAGGCCUGCUCGUCUGCACCUACUUUUACUACGAGCUGCCCAUAGAGGCGACCACGUUCUCCGAGGCGGUGUUCCCCGCGAUGACGGGAGGCUGGUUCGUCAUGUUCAUGGCCGUUUUCACCUACAUAGCCGAUGUCACGUCCGAGGUAGAUCGGACCUUCCGCAUCGGCGUUGUCAACGUGUUCUUCUCCAUUGGCAUCCCCAUCGGCAUGGCGUUGUCCGGAGUGAUGUACCGGUUGAUCGGGUUCUACGGCGUGUUUGGGCUGUCCGCCUGCAUGUACCUCUGCAGCUUCUGGUACGGCUACAAGCACAUCAAGGAGACGCCCAAGAAAUGGUCGGGCGACGGACCCGAGCCAGCUGGGCUGGUGGGCUUCCUCAAAGACUUCUUCGAAGUGCGUUAUCUACUCGAGACGUUCCACACUUCGUUCAAAAAGGGCGCCAACAACCGGCGGGUGCGGGUGGUGCUGCUCAUGGUGGUCGUCAUGCUGGUCAUCGGGCCGAUGCACGGCGAGAACACCGUCAUGUACCUCUUCGUGCGGCGACAGUUCAAUUGGGACGAGCUGGACUUCAGUCUCUUUUCCACGUACUGCGUCAUCGUGAAUCUCAUAGGGACGCUGUUGUCGGUCGGCCUAUUCAGCUUCCUCCUCAAGUUCGACGACAGCGUCAUUGGGAUGAUGUCCUGCGCGUCGAAGAUUGCGGCCGGGUUCGUCUACGCGUUUGCAACCACGGUGCAGGUGGUGCGCAUCGCACCGCUGAUCGACAUGAUGAACGGCACUUCGUUCAUCGCCAUGAGAGCCAUAGCGUCUAAGCUCGUUCCCAGUGAUGAGUUGGGCAAAGUCAACUCCCUGUUUGGAGCGUGUGAGGCAAUGAUGCCAGUAGUGUGUGGACCUCUGUACUCCAAAGUCUAUCAACUAACAAUGGACACACUUCCUGGAGCAUUCUUCCUCAUGGGUGGUGUAAUAACAGGGCCAGCUUUCUGCAUUUUUGGAUGGUACUACUAUGAAGCAAGGAAAGAUAGACGAAAAGCUCAACUGAAGGAGAUAAAGGGUCCUUAGGUAAAAAAUAAAGUAUUAAUUUUA